CUCUUUAUUCUUCUUCUUCCUUUACUUCUUUGUGGAUAUGUUGAAUUAUUCUGAAUCAGAUCUCCCUCAGGGUUCUAUUCUUGAGUCCGACUCACCAGAACCAUCUCUUUUGACUGUAGCCAGUCUAUCACCAGAACGUGAUUACAAGAUCAAAGCUUGGAAAAAUGGGCUGGGAACUACGUCUGAAAUCAGUAUCUAUCCACCAAAAAAGGACUUUCGCAAGGACACCUUUUUCUGGAGACUAAGUCUGCAUCGUAUCGAAGCCGAUUGUAAUUUUACUCUCUUUCCGGGCUAUUAUUGUACUACGGUUGUAUUGCCAAGUCAAAACCGUAAAGCUGCCUUGUUACUCAACCAUCAAGGCGAUGAAGUAUCCACAAAAGUCAAGCCUUUGUUUCCAUACAGUUGGCAUGGUGAAUGGGCAAGUAACUGCAAGGUCACGGAUGCACCAGUAACAAGUCUUCAGUUUAUGAUCAAACGGGAUCUUGGAACAGCUCAGUUUGACGUGGACAAGAUAGGACAGCCGGUGUCAAACGAGAGUGGCGAGACGGGAAAGAAACUGAUUCUCGGUUCAUUUGCACUGGUGUAUGUGGUCGAAGGGUACGUGAGGAUCAGCGUAGACGAAGAUCAGUCGAGUGACCACAUACAUGUGCUCUCACCUGGCCAGACACUCUAUGUUGAACAUGAUGAAGAGUCUACGCCGGUCAGCAUGACCAUCAAGGCUUCUGAUAUGGCUGGAAAUGUCAACCAUCACGAGCUAGAUGCAACUGUGUUGACUAUCCAGAUAUCAGAAAUCAAGGGUGGUGGACCUUCUUCAACUGUAUCAGACUACUUUAUCUCUCAGCGUACACCUACUGCUGCUAUCGGAACCAGUGCUAUCUCUGGAUCAGGAUCAGGAUCCUUGGUCGGUACUCCUAUUACCCCUGGUGCUGCUAUCGAACGCUCAGGCCAUAUUGUGUCAGGCUACCACAACCUCCACCCCAUGUCUCCCUCUGAGCCAACAGACACUCCCAGUCGUCGCCGAGAACCCCAUCGCAAGGGUUCUCUGGUUAUCGCAGACAAGUUUUCUGGCUCUGGCUCUGAUCUGGUCAGUUCAGGAACAGUGGAUACAUUGGACUCAUCUUCUACAGCAACCACGGCAACCAUGGCAACUACAGCCACAACCACAGCCACAGCCACAGCCACAGCCACAGCCAAAAAGGGAGGUGUGGACCAGCUGCUGUCGCCGUCGGCUCAGAGUCAACAGCACGGUGCUCGGAUCUACAGUCCACCCACAUUUGGCCUCAUGUACGACACCGACACGCCUCCGCCUGUUGUGAGAGACCGUUUGGUAGUAGAUGACUUUCCAAAGCACAGCGUGAGUACUGCCUGGAUCAAGAUGAUACGCCAGGGCUUGAACGAGUGGAUCCGCUUACCAGUCAUCAUCUGCCGCGGAUCUGAAGAAGGUCCGGUUGUAGGCAUAACUGCCGCAGUACAUGGUAAUGAGCUCAAUGGAGUGCCAUGUAUUCACAGGGUUGUGGCAGAGAUUGAUGUUCAAAAGUUGCAUGGAACUGUGGUAGCUGUGCCGUGCGUCAAUGUGACGGGAUACCUCAAGUUUUCAAGAGAGUUUGCCGAUGGCCGGGAUCUCAACCGAUUGUUUCCCGGCAAGGAAGAUGGGUUUGCGUCUCAGGUUUACUGUUACCAGUUGAUGAACAAGAUCAUUUCACAAUUCAACUAUCUCAUUGAUCUACACACGGCUAGUUUUGGACGUGUGAACUCAUACUAUGUCCGGGCCGACAUGAAUGAUGCAGCAUCUGCUACAAUGGCUCAUCUUCAGAAACCUCAGAUUCUAUUGCACAACUCUGGUCAAGAUGGUACUUUGAGAUCUGCUGCAUCUGCGCGUGGCAUAAAGGCUGUGACGUGGUCAUUUAUGGGUGUGAUGCGUAUUCUGGACAACCUUGAUAUGUUUGCACUUUGUAACACAGGAACAAGCCAGCCAGAUCUUUCGAUCGGUAGUCCACCUAGUACUAUUCUUUGUUCAAAGGGAUUCUGGAUUUAUACUACUACUGGUGGUGUUUUGGAAGUCUAUCCAGCAGUCAAUACGAUCAUUAGAAAAGGUGACCUGAUUGCACGUAUCAAGAAUAUCUUUGGUAACGUUGUGGACGAGUAUUUUGCUCCUUGUGGUGGAAUCGUAAUCGGCCGUAGUUCCAACCCGGUGGCCAUGUCUGGAGAUCGUAUUCUUCAUCUGGGUGUAAUCAAGAAAAAGGGCGAGAAUUUACCAAAGGAAGCAAAGGAAAACUAUUAGACUAUAUACACAAUUGUACAGACAAGAAGCUCAAAUCAAAUCAAGUCAAGUCAAGACAAGUCAAAUCAUAGCAACAACAACAAGAAUAUUAUUAUUACUAUUAUUACUAUUACCAAUAAGAACAAAAAAUCUCACGCACUUGUAAGCCAUUCGUAUUGAAUUUUGAUUGGAUGAUUUAAAUAUAUAUAUCUAUCAGAUAUAUAUUAUUAUCAUUCUUAAUAAAUAAAUAAAAUAAGUAAAAACCCAAAUCAAGAAUU